AAAUCACAAGUCUGGAUAACUCACUGCAAGCUUGAUUAGACUGUUCUUUCAUCUUUCACUAAGACCUAUGAUCAUUAUUUCAACGUCAGGAAAUGCUGGACCCCUGCCUAUCAAGCAUGGUUCUGCAUGCGCCCGCACAGUACCCGUUUUUGGAACAGUAAUCCCGGCUUGUUCAAGACGAACGCAGUAUGAAGCCCGAUAUAUAUACCAUAAUGAUGAGUCCCAAAAUCUGACUUGCGGAUGCCCAGCCUUCCGGCCAUGCAACGCAUCUGGUCAGUAAAUUAGUGAUUAAUCAUUUAUUUCUUGCCGUGACCCGACUUGAUUGUAAGACAGGAAGUAUAUGAGCUGUCAAAGGAACAAUAUGCGGAAAACCCAACUCUCAUUUGAACAUGCUCGUAAGUUUAGCCAGCCUGCACUCUCAACGACGCCUCUAUAUGACGCCAUCCCCGGAACUAGUUAAUUGUAUGCCCUUCAAAAAACAACACGAAUAUAUGGGAAUUUUCGAAGUAUAUCCAGUACUUAUAUAUUUAAUUGGCUGGUCCUCAACACUCGCUCAUCCCCUCGCAAAAAUGGUUGGAACUUCAAAAAAGCCGUUCAUAAACAAAGAGGUCCCUAAACGUUCACGAGCAUUCAGUACAAGAGCUAAGACAGGUUGCAAAACUUGCAAGUGAGUCAAUAACCAUAUGUUCUUUUUUUGCCUCGAACAUUUUCCGAUAAGUCAUGUUAUGCUUCUGAUAGAUGGAUCUUGCAUAAUCCUCAAUAACAAUCAUGUUUAUGGCUCGCAAUCUUCCGGGAGAAACUAUGGUUGACUUGGCUGUUUUCAUUUCUUCAAGGACAAUUAUCGUACCUGAACCGGCCAACUGACGUCUCUUUUAUAGAGUUCGGCAUGUGAAAUGCGACGAAGGAAGACCUGGAUGUAGGAAAUGUUUUCAGACGGGUAGAAAAUGUGACGGCUAUGCCCACUGUGCUCCUGCUCCGAAUCCUAAAUCAAGUACAAUUUCAUCUGCUAUGGUCUCGAAUUCUUUCAACGGUAUCACAUAUCAAACAGCUCCGACAAUUCCUGACUUCCUAUCCCCAUCGCUAUCUGUUAGUGACCGGGAGCAGCACUCUUUCAACUUUUUCCACACACGAAGUGCACCUCAACUAGGCAGUUGUUUCGGCUCGAAAUUUUGGAACCAUUUUGUUCUACAGGCCUCUCACCAUGAGCCGGCAGUUCGACAUGCCGCUAUUGCCCUAGGGUCUUUGCAUGAGAGGUUCGAGUUGGAGGACAAAUUCCUCUCCAAGGUGACCGGUGAUACUGAAGAGAAUUCCUUUGCUUUAAAACAGUAUGUAAGAGCCAUAAGUUGCCUGGUGCAGCCGAAUAUGUCUGUAAACACCAAGCAUACAUGUAAAUCGGCGAAUGUGGCGUUAACGGCUUGCAUUUUAUUCAUAUGCUUCGAGGUAAGUGUCAUCGGGAUAAUCAAUAAUAUGUUUCAGUCGUUGGAUACUAACUAAUGGUGAAUCUGAAGACUUUACGAGGGCACCACGACUCUGCUCUCGCACACAUUGAUGGUGGAGUAAAGAUUUUCUCAGAACUACAAGUAUCAGGAGAACCAAAAGCUAUCCCAAUAGAAGACCCUCCUGAAGAUCACAUUCCCGUCUCGAUUUUUCGUGUGCUAUUCAGCCGGCUUGAUACGCAAGCCUCGGUUUUGAACUCAAGGGCACGCAUAAUUGAUGGCGGAUCUGACUCGUUACCGAACUCUAUUCCUGACAAAUUUCUGAACGUUGAGCAAGCGCGUGAGGCGUUGGAAUCGAUUUGGACAUUCGGCGGAAGAAACCUCCUAUCCUGUUCCAUGUACAAUGGUGUCCCCCUUCCACUACCUACUAGCAAGGAAGCUAAAAUUCUGCUGUUAUCUCGCCUCGAAAGCUGGAACCGAAUAUUUGAGUUAUAUUCAUGCACCACAAACAAAACUAAUUGUAUCAGAUCAGCCAAUCCAAUGGAGAAGAGAGCGAGGAGCCUGCUCCGCAUGCACAAAACGAUGACACAAAUAUUGGUCACAACUUCCACAACUUAUCCUAUAGCAUCCAAAGAACCAAAUGAGCUAUUGUGGGAUAAAUUCCAGUUAGAAUUCGAAGCGAUGGUGAGAUGGGCCUCCGAAUUUAUCUACAUGCCACCCAAUCUCCGAAGGGAAGGUCGCAAAGCAGCAAGUUUUACACUGGACAAUGAAAUACUCCAGCCAUUGUUCCUGGUAGCCACAAAAUGCCGACAUAGGAGCAUAAGAAACAAAGCCAUCCUAUUAUUGAAACAAGCUGAUAGACAAGAAGGUCUGUGGAAUAGUCUUUUGAGUGCAAAAGUAGCCGAGAGAAUUCGAGAUAUUGAAGAAGCUGGUCUGAGUGAAGGAAUGGAGAUAAUUCCAGAAUCCAACCGCCUAAGGAUUAUUACUAUGAAGUUUGAAUUUGACGGCUGUCAUGGCAGAAGAGCAUGGCUUGCAUAUCUGUCUCCCUCCAUGUAUGAGAGCGGAGAAUGGGUUCAACUUUACGAAGGUGAUACGCCAUCUGAGACUGUCUAAACAAUGAGUGGUUGGACAUGUUCAUUUUUUCAGAGAUGAUAUUCCUGACCUUGGAAUGAUCAGUAGGAGCAUCCCUUGGAAAUUCCAUGAAUAUGUAGUAUCAAAUAAGAAUCGCCCUAUUUUGCCCUGACUGGAAGUGGAAAGAUCCCGACAUCGGUGUUCUUCCUAGACUAAAAAUCUAUGUUAGAGUAGCAUGAUAUAGUAAAGAGAGCAUUAAAGAAAUGCCUUCAAACUGUCACGUUUAUCCACGCAAUGCUAUUUGACCCAAAAGGCAUAACUUUCGUGGAAUAGGUCCACAUCCACCCAAGAUAGCUUGA